UAUGGGGAGCAUUGGAAAAAAAAAAAAAAAAAAGAUCACAUGUUGUGCGCGUUUGGCGCAUAACAUGGACACAGUCGGGCGCACGAAACCGCUUUGUUGGAUGCCAAUCUCGAGACUAAAAUGGAUGAUUCUUGUGUUGAGAAGCCCUCAACUUUAGAAAUGCUGGCGUCUACGAUUCAGGAAAGGAGUUCUACAAUCCUAGGAAUUUCGUCGUUCUUACUCGGUGCAGUGGCAGUUGCAGCCUUUGUCUUUCUCAAACAAAAGAAUGCAACUCCAGAUUAUGUGGUGGUUCCAGCAUGUUUGCCCAAGAACAACCUAGUAUCAUCAGCUUCUGCAAAGCCUAUAGUGCAAGAGAAACAAUCUUCUGAUGAGGAUUGGGAACCAGAAACCGAUGUUGUUGCAGAGUCGUCUUGCCCUUCGGAAAUGAGCACAUCUCACAGCAGAAAGGAUGAUGCAAUGCAGACCAGCAGAGCUCAGAGACGGGAAAGAAAACCGGGUAAAAGCAGCAGUUCGAGAAGGGAGUCGGUUGCUGCUUCUUCGGAUUACUCUCUGGGUUCGCCAUCGCCUUCUUAUGGAAGUUUCACCACCUAUGAGAAGAUCCCAAUCAAACAUGGAAGUGGUGGAGGUGAAGAAAUUAUAACUCCUGUGAGGCGCUCUAGCAGAAUUCGAAGCAGCCAAGUUACUUCACCAUGAAUUCUUCAAGUCUGAAGCUUUCUUCACCAUGAACUGAAGAACUCAGCUCUCAACAUAACUUUAGGCAUUAGAUUUUAACAUCUCACGUGUGCAGAUGGGAAUUUAUAGUCAGUUUCUGACUGAACUUGAAAUGAUUGUUUGUGAUUUUCUAGGAUGUUGGUAGCUUAGGUUAAAAACAUUGCUGUUUUUUUUGUUCACAUUCUGUUUAUAUUUAGUACUUGUGGUGAAGUGUGUUGGAGAUAUAUGGUUGCCUUAUGGAAUCAAAAAGCGUGGUCUAGUGAGUAGAUUAUUAUCCACAACUUCACAAUGUCAAACAAUUAUAUGUAUGCACAAUA